AGAGGUUAAGCAACCGGGAUAGGAUUACAUUAUUCAAAAUGCUAAUGAAACAACGGAUAAAACUAUGCCAAACGGUUCUGGAACACCACCGCUACCUGGGAACAAGUCCUCCUGCCAGCCAGUCCUUCAGGAAGUGGUACCAACAACUAUGGACCACAGAGCGCACCAACCUGCCUCCUUACAACCACUUCACCCAGAUUGGAGACCCCGUCCUGAGGCAACAGGCUGCUCUGGUGCCCAAGGAACACAUAGGCAGUCCCGAGAUCGAGGCCAUCGUGGAGCAGAUGGUCAAGGUGCUGAGGAAGUUCGACUGCGUGGGCAUUGCGGCGCCCCAGAUAGGCGUUUCCCUCAGAAUCAUAGCCAUGGAGUUCAAGGGAGGAAUCCGAGAGGAGCUGCCCGAGGCGGUUUACCAAUCCAGACAAAUGUCGGAAUUGCCACUGACUGUUUUCAUUAAUCCCGUGCUGACUGUGACCAAUUACUCCAAGCUGAAACAUCCUGAGGGCUGCAUGAGUGUGCGAGGAUACUCCGCCGAAGUGGAGCGCUUCGAAGGAGUGAAGUUGACAGGCCUAAAUCAAGUGGGAACCCAAAACGAACUGGCCCUGAGUGGUUGGAAUGCCCGGAUAGCUCAACACGAAAUGGAUCACCUGGAGGGAAAGCUGUACACCGACCACAUGGACCGCUCCACCUUUGCGUGCACCUGCUGGGAGGCGGUCAACACGAAAUCCGGACGUGUGGAGAUACCUUUCUACAAGUAGGUUAAGUCGCUGGGGGAUCGUUUCGCUUUGUAUGUAUGUAUAUACUGAUUGAAUGUAUGACUAUC